CAUUUGCUGUGGGGUAUUUUAGUCGAAUUUGAAGCAACGCCCGAACAGGUUCGGUAUAAAUGUGUAUAGGAAUGUUAAUGAGAGUGCGAACGAGACGAAAAUAUGUACAAAUUUUCGUGGAACUGUGAUCAUUUAUUUACUUUUACCGAAAGUAUGUUGUGUUGUUUCCUUAAAUUAAUCCACAAAAAAAAAUUUCUGAACCUGAAAGCAAACAGAUGCUCACAGAACUUAUGUACAUAAUUAAGUACAUAGUGUGGAUGUAAAGACUUUACCAAAAUUCUGUACUCCGAUUGUUACAUGUGUAAAGAAGAGGCUAGAUAUUUGAAGAGCAAUGACCGAAUGAAAGGAAAGAUUACCUACUGUCUUAUUAUCAAUAUCAAACGAAAUUUGAUGGCCAUGUGGAGAAAACAUGAUAAUAUACAUUGAACCAAACAUUUCACCAAAAAACAAAGCGCCAACAGAGUGGUGCGGUCUUCUACAAUACAAAUGUAAAAGUAGUUACCCAAAAACAAAAAAAUUGUUAGCAUAUAGGAACAAGUCCACCUGGAUUUUGAAGAUUAUUUUCCAUAUUUAUUUCUACCGCACUACAAAUACAAAACGGAUUAAAGAGCUGGAACCUACUUUAAGACCACCGCCUUGUGCUGAACAUUUUCAGUCUAAGCUUGCCAAAGUUUGUUAUAGGUAUCCAAAAUACUCCCGAAUAUGGUUUAUACUUGUUUUAUUGUUGCCAACUCAGCAACAAGCCAGUGGUCAUGGAAUGUACCGCCAAACGUCAAAUUCAAACGUAUUUUCUUCAUCACAUAAGCAAAAUGAAAAUGCGCAAAUUCGUAUUUCGCUAGUUAAAAAUCAGAAUAGUGGAGCUGAGAGUCUACAAUCAAGAAUACAAGCCAAAAUAACAAGUUCGGAAAAGGAUCUUAACAAUUUGUCCAAAAUAAUUAGUAAGCAAAGCAGAACCUCAUUCUAUAAUGCCAGUUCAAAUAAAUAUAGUCUGAUUAAUCUAAGCCAGCCUAAAAACGCGUCUCACCUAAUGAAUGAUAAAAUAGAACUUGAGUGGAACAACACGGUACCAAUUCACAAUAGGCAAACAAGGGAAAGUAAACAUAUUCGGCUAGAAACUAAGAGUCAUAAUAAUAGACCGAAAAAAAUAGAUGAAGCCAGGCUUAAACGCUUAGUUUUAAAGGGGCUUGGAAUGAAAAAAAUACCAGAUAUGAGAAAGGUUAAUAUAAGCCAAGUUGAAUAUUCCAACAAAUAUAUAGAAUACCUAAGCCGUCUAAGGAGUAACCAGGAGAAGGGGACGAGCUAUUUGAACGACUAUAUUGGAUCUUCAUCUAUAUCAGACCUACAUCUAUUAAGCAUUAUCACAAACAAAUUUAAUGACAUUAGUCACAAACGAUGGCGUCAUAAAAGAUCAUUUACAAAUUUGAACAGUAGACAAAACAGAAAACAAAAAACUAACGAGGACUCACAAUAUGGACAACAGGAUAAAACCAAUAUUCUUUUGCACUUUCCACUGACAAAUGUAAAAGAUGCCAAGUUUUACCAUGAUAAAAUUGACGAAGCCAAUGUCAGGCUUAUGCUCCUCUAUAGCUCAUCCCUAGCAACUAAUUCCCACCGAUGGCAAGGACCUAGAAAAAGGAAAUUUGAUCAAAUUUCUUCUUCUGUUAUGAAUUGUAAUUCUGGCGAUUUCAAAUCUAAUCAGUCGAAAAGGGUACGAAGUCGGCAAUUAAAACUAAAGGUGUAUCAACUACUUUCAUCGAACAGAAGAAGACUUCUAGCGUCUCGUAAAAUUGAGUUUGAAAAUAUUGGAUACGAAGAAACGCGUACUCAGUGGAUAGAAUUUGACGUAACAAAAGCGGUUCGUAGUUGGAUGAACAAAAGUCAUGAAAACUUGGGAAUAGAAAUUCAAUGUGAUAAGUGCAAGAGUAUAGGUGCUCGUAUACUUAGCGACUCAAGUUCAUCGAUGCAAUCAUCAUCUGCAAAAUCGGCGACUGUAGACAACGAACGCUUUAAUCUCAUGCCAGUUUUAAAUAUAAUCGGACACGGAGCCCUGAAGACCCGAAAAGAAGGAGACUCGGACAUUCAUCACAUCAUGCUGACAAAUAAUAGAAGCGAUGAAUACGUACAUCAUCGUUCGAACCAUGAUUCCACCUGGAGAAAGGAAAAAUGGAACAACAACUGUUACAAAUCGCACCAGCGAUGCUGUAGAAAUCCGUUGGAUGUUGCUUUUAAGGACAUUAAGGGUUUUGAGUUUAUACUACAGCCAAAAGUAUUCGAUGCAGGUUAUUGCCAUGGAAGAUGCCCACCACGUCACAAUCCCGCCCACCACCACGCCCUAUUGCAAAGUCUUAUAUGGCAAGAAGAUCACAACCGAGCACCCCGUCCGUGUUGCGCUCCUUCAAAACUUGAGAUGCUCGAAAUAUUACAUGUUGACGAAGAUCACAGCGAUAAGCUCAAAAUUUCCACAUGGAGUGAUAUGCAGGUUGUAGAAUGUGCCUGUUCUUAAACGAAAUUUAACUCUCAAAAUGCCUUAACGAUUUAUAUCUACAUACAAUCUGUAUUUACCAAUCUUUUUUAUUAUUGUGCCUAAUUUUAAGGUAAACAUUUUUGUGCCGCUUAAAAAAUAUAAUAAAAAUGU